AGUCAGUCAGGGAAUGAUCGUGCUUGGCUCCAAUACUGUGCUACCGAGGGCUCCGCAAUUCAACUCCGCACUCAAUUGCUAAAUACAGCCCAAACAUAGCACAACAACGUUCAAUAGUGAACUCUUCGCCGUAAUUACAAAGGUUGCUUAAACCGACGACCGUCAAAACAGCGUUUUACUGGUGAAAUCUCCAGGCCAAAUAACAGAAAAACCAUUGGGUUUAUUGUCAGAAAAAGCGGCUAAGUGUUUAUUUUUUUGUUUCUUUGUGCGGACAGCUCGGGUCAAGAUGGCAACGCAAAAGGAAGAUCACACCGCCCUGGAUCUCAUAAUAAAGUCUCUCAAGUCCCCCACAAUGAUCUGUGAGGGCACCCACUUCGAUGGCAAGAUCCCGCACACGUUCGUGAUCUUCGGAGCGUCGGGCGACCUAGCCAAGAAGAAGAUCUACCCCACGCUUUGGUGGCUCUACCGGGAUGACCUGCUGCCCAAGCCCACCAAAUUCUGCGGAUAUGCCCGGUCCAAGCUGACGGUCUCCAGCCUCAAGACGCAGUGCCUGCCGUACAUGAAGCUCCAGACACACGAGCAGAAGAAGUACGAGGAGUUCUGGGCCCUUAAUGAGUACGUGGCCGGCAGCUACGACGGACGCACUGGAUUUGAGCUGCUCAACCAGCAGCUGGAGCUGAUGGAGAACAAGAACAAGGCGAACCGCAUAUUCUACUUGGCCCUACCGCCCAGCGUCUUCGAGGAAGUGACUGUCAACAUCAAGCAGAUAUGCAUGUCGACCUGCGGCUGGAACCGCGUGAUCGUCGAGAAGCCCUUCGGUCGCGACGACGCCUCCUCGCAGGCGCUAAGCGACCACCUGGCCGGACUGUUCCAGGAGGAUCAGCUAUACCGCAUUGACCACUACCUGGGCAAGGAGAUGGUCCAGAACCUGAUGACCAUCCGCUUCGGCAACAAGAUCCUCAGCUCGACGUGGAACCGCGAGAACAUCGCCUCGGUGCUGAUCACAUUCAAAGAGCCCUUUGGCACCCAGGGACGUGGUGGCUACUUCGACGAGUUCGGGAUCAUCCGGGACGUCAUGCAGAACCACUUGUUGCAGAUCUUGUCGCUGGUGGCCAUGGAGAAGCCGGUCAGCUGCCACCCGGACGACAUCCGCGACGAGAAGGUUAAGGUGCUGAAGAGUAUCCAGGCCCUCACACUCGACGACAUGGUGCUGGGCCAAUACCUGGGCGAUCCGAAGGGUGCCACCGACGAUGCCCGCACCGGCUACCUGGAAGACCCUACCGUUAGCAAUGACUCCACUACACCCACCUACGCCCUCGGCGUGCUCAAGAUCAACAACGAGCGCUGGCAGGGCGUGCCCUUCAUCCUGCGAUGCGGAAAGGCGCUCAACGAGCGCAAGGCAGAGGUGCGCAUCCAGUACCAGGACGUGCCCGGCGACAUCUUCGAGGGCAGCACGAAGCGCAACGAGCUGGUCAUCCGUGUGCAGCCGGGCGAGGCGCUGUACUUCAAGAUGAUGACCAAGAGCCCCGGCAUCACCUUCGACAUUGAAGAGACGGAACUGGACCUGACCUACGAGCACCGCUACAAGGACUCCUACCUGCCGGAUGCCUACGAGCGGCUCAUCCUCGACGUCUUCUGCGGCUCCCAGAUGCACUUCGUCCGCUCGGACGAGCUGCGCGAGGCGUGGCGCAUCUUCACGCCCAUCUUGCACAAAAUUGAGCGCGAGCGCGUCCAGCCCAUCACCUACCAGUACGGCUCCCGCGGUCCCAAGCAGGCGGACCGUAAGUGCGAGGAGAACAACUUUAAGUACUCCGGCUCCUACAAGUGGCACGGCGGCAAGCCGGCCACGUCCAAUCUCUGAGCGGUCGAUCGGACCGCACCGAUUCGGGAUGGGCUCACUUCACACAGGAUACAUCUCUCUGUCCUUACACAUGCAUGUACAUAACUAUAUGUAUUCUUUGGUUAUUUGUAAUCUUUUUUGGUUUGUACAAGAAUUUUUUUAUUAAAUUUAUGAAAUAGCGUUA